AUGGGGCCCCUGCAACCGGUGGUGAAGGCGCCCCUGGAUCCAGAAGUGGGAUGCCCGUGUUGCUUCUCUGAAGAAGAAGACGCUGCAGAAAGGGCUCUGAGAUUUCAUGUGCGAACUCAGAAGCAGCAGCUGCAGCACGAAGAAGGGGGCGGGUCCCGACGGCUGCAGCAGGUAGUCGACAAACCAGUUGUUUGGGGUCCUAAGGUGAUGCCGCUAGCUUCUAUUUUGGGGGCAACCCAGCAGGCGGAUUCAAGCGAAAAUCACAAGGACAAGAGACACAGAACAGACAUACAAGGCGCCAGAGACAGCUUCGAGGUGAAGUGCAUCCUGUCCACAGAUGAGUGUCAGCGACUCGUGGAAGCAGCGGAGGCGCAAGGCUUCGAGUAUUGGGCCAAAGAGACGGCUAGUGCACCCGGCCGAACCUUUGCCCAAAACGAUAAUGAAUACCACCGGAGUAUUGGCGGCCACCGCAGCAGUAGCAGUAGCACCAGUAGCAGGAGCGUCGGCAGUAGUGAGAGCCAACGCGCAAACCACAACUAUCGGUCUGCGCACACAGUCGAAGUGGAACAUCCGGAUCUUGCUGACCUCAUCUGGCAACGCGUAAAGGAGUAUGUGAUUAGGGAGGUUUCUUUCUCAGAAGAAGACGGAGAACGAUUUGAAAGAGACUUAGAGGGCACCUGGGAGGCCUGCGGGGUUAACAGUACUCUGUUGUUUGCCAGGUAUAUACUCAAGCAAACAAAGGAUAAGCAGGCACAAAUCACAGGCCUAUAG